AUGGUCCCUUUAACUUGCACCCUUUUGCAUUUGAUUCUGCACAAUUUCAAGCAAUUCCAGGUUGAGGAGGUGCCCAAGGAGGACUACGGUCGUUUCUACAGCGGCGAUUCGUACAUUGUGCUGAAUGUGAAGAAGUUCGACGACGAGCUCAUCUUCGACGCCUACUUCUGGAUCGGCGCCUCAAGCACGCAGGACGAAUACUGUACGGCGGCCUACAAGACGGUCGAACUGGAUACCUUCUUGGACGACAUGGCCAUUCAACACAGAGAAGUGGAGGGAUUCGAAUCUACCGGCUUCAAGACUUGCUUCAGAACUUUUGAGUAG